AAGCCAGUGUUCACGGAAUUGUCUUUGAGCGCUGCUGGCAUUGCUAAUCUACUUUUUCCCUGAUGCGUUGAUUGUACAGCAGCAGUAGCAGUAAUAAAAUAGUGAUACAUUGGGGAAAAAUUAUCGCUCCGAGUAGGGAGAUUUUGGCCAGAUUUGUUUUCUGUUUUAUCCAUAUCAUUUGGGCGGAAGGUGGUACUGGUGUUCCGUUUCGUUUACUGUCGUGAACCCGUGGGAAAGAUUGAUUGAUAGUGCGGUACAGUGAAAAACCCGUGAUCUGUAUGCGUUUUGUUUUUGCGUUGAACCUAGUUUUGUUUCAGCGAGAAAGAAAGGAAAGGAAAAAUCACCCGUAUCUGUUGAAGAGUUUUCGCAGUAAAUAGUACGAGUCGAGGGCAGCAGGAAUGGCGGCGGAGAUUAAACCAGCACCACGAAGUGCCAACGAUCGGUUCUGCACCACCAAGAAGCCGGAAUUGCUGAGCAAGCUCGAGGGUUGCAAUGAUGACGUGAACGCAGCGCUCCUGAUCCCUGGCGAAGAAGGCGUUAUCAGUGUUUGCGAUGACAAAACUAUUCGCGUCUGGUUGCGGCGCAAUUCGGGCCAAUAUUGGCCCUCGAUUUGUCAGUAUAUGCCGUCGGGAUGUACGUCGCUGUGCUACACACCGGAGACGCGAACACUCUUCAUUGGCCAGGAGAAUGGCACGAUUUCCCAGUUCACCCUGUCUGACGAUUGUAACCGGCUGACACCGAUCCGAGAGUACCUGGCCCAUCAGGCGCGCAUCACCAACGUUAUCUUCGCCAAACACACCGGGUGGAUACUGUCCUGCGGGCGGGACAAGUUUUUCGCAUUCCACAGCACCGAAACCGGAGAGCGGAUUGGAUGCUUCACAUUCGAAGCCAUGUGCACCUCGAUGCAAUUCGAUGCUCUUGCAAAGUAUGCUUUUAUAGGUGAUUACAGUGGCCAAAUUACGAUGCUGAAGCUCAGUUCUACCGGGGCUACCGUUGUGACCACCAUGAAGGGACACGCAGGUUCAGUGAGGACAUUGUACUGGGCCGAAGGACCACAGCUGCUGUUCAGCGGUUCGUACGAUCAAUCGGUGAUCGUUUGGGAUGUCGGUGGCAAACGAGGGACCACCUAUGAAUUACACGGCCACAAUAACAAGGUUUCUUCGCUAUCGUACGCCUGCAACACACAGCAACUGAUUUCGGCUGGUGAGGAUUCGGUCGUGGUAUUCUGGGAGAUGAACGCCAUGCGGAAGGUUGCACCCGAGUGGGUCGAGUCGGAUACGUGCCAGCUAUGUACGAGGGCGUUUUUCUGGAAUUUGCGUGCCAUGAUCGACCAAAAGCAAAUCGGCAUCCGGCAGCACCAUUGCCGCUACUGUGGCAAAGCCGUCUGCGACAAGUGCUCCACCAAUCGCAUCAACAUUCCGAUUAUGGGAUUCGAGUUUGAUGUGCGAGCCUGCGAUGGUUGUUUCCAACGGUUGAAGAGUGAAGAACGACCUUCACUCGCUCUGUUCCACGAUGCCAAGCACAGCAUCGUCGGUAUGGAUUUGGACGAACCGAAGAAAAGACUGCUCACUGUUGGCCAAGAUCGUAUCAUCAAAAUUUGGGACCUGUCCUCGAUCUGGCCCUAGGAGCUGACCGGCAACGAUGCGGCUUCCAGUGCAGUUACAGCAAAACAAAACUAAGAAAAAAAAAACAUAUUAACAAUUGAAUGUAUGUUUUGUACUAUCCGGCAAGGGCCAAAUAAGCUCACAAUAUGUAAAACGAUUGAAACAGAGCAAAAAAGCAUCGUUUUCCUAUAAAGUUGAUAACUUGGAAUUUGAUAAAAUUAAAAUUUAAUUUUCGCGGAUCACUUAAAAUGUACUACCUAGAUAAAGUCAUGAUAUCACUGUACUAUUUACACAGACACCAAACUAUAGUUCACAUCUUCGGUAGAACGUACGGUGAAAUAGGUAAUUCAAUAUUUUGGUUAAUAUUCUAACUAUAAAACGAUACAAAUUCGAGUGUAAGUAAUCAGGCGUAAAAAUUUACGGGAAGAGGCCGUUUUCCAUUGAUAAAAACAGUGCAAAACGUCACCUUUUCCCAGUCUAAUAAAAGCUACUAAGUGGAACAAUGUUAUAAGCAACAUUAUAUUAGUAACUAAUUAUUGAAUAGGAAAUAAUCAGCUACUUGAAACAGAUUAAACAAUAACAAAAAACCGAAAGAAAGAUAGGAAAGCUAACCGAAAUAAGUCCACUGUUUGAUGUAAAGUGUAAUCAUAAAAAUGGUAAAAAAUAAAUGCUAAAUUGUAGUUUCUUGAAU